AUGAACUAUUCAAAAACUUCAAAAUAAGAAUCCAAGCAUAGUUAUGACUAAGAUAUCUUUGUGAUCAGAGGUGGUUCUGGAGGGCUUGUUUGUGUCAAGGUUGCUCAAGAGGCAGGAGCUAAAGUAGCAGUAGCUGGCUUUGUAAAGCCAAUUCCAAAGGGAAGAAAGAUUGAAGAAAAAAGUGAAAAAUAGAAGGAACAUGAGUUAAUGUUGGUUGAGUCCUAAAAAGCUGAUGCACUACUUUGUAUUGCCAGGAAAUACUUAUCACAACCAAGUUGAGAGUGAAUGGAAGAAUGAGAAGCCUUUUCAUUGCAGGGGGAAAUGAUUUCCAAUAACAAUAACCGUAUUACGAUGCAACUAGUUGAUAAGAAGGGAAAGACAGAAAUUAUUACUUCUAAUUAUUUCCUAAUUGUUACUGGAAGCAGACCUCUCUAUCCUGAUAUUCCUAGAGCUAUAGAGAAUGUUAUUUUCAAAUAAAUUUUAAACACAAUUCUUAAAAUAUUGGGUGAGUUGCUAAAUAUUUCUUUAUCACAUAUGCUCCUUGAUUUUACCUUAUCUUAAAAACCUAAAAUAAUAUUCUACCGCUUCCCAUAAAAACUAGCUUAUACCAGCUAUGAUAUUUUUUGGAUGAAAGACAACCCUGGUAAAACCCUUGUGGUAGGUGCUUCCUAUGUUAUGUUGGAAAGAACUGGAUUUUUGCAUCAUUUUGGAAAAGAAGUUUCAGUUUGAGUCAGAUAAAUCUUUCUGAGAGGUUUCGAUCAAGAUAUGGCGCAAAAGAUUGCAAAAGACAUGAAGCCCAGAGGGAUUAAUUUCAUUAGAGACUCUAUGCCUACCAAAAUUGAGAAAGGCGAAGAGACUGGCAAGAUAACCUGAUAUCUAACAGUAGGAAACUAAGAAACUACUAUUGAAGUAGUUACUGUUCUUUUAACAAUUAGUAGAUAUGCUGUGACAGCUGGUUUGAAUCUAGAUAAUGCUGGACUCAUUGCUGAAAAGAAUGGGAAUUCAUUACUGACAAUUGCCAAAAACUAAUGUUGUGAAUAUCUAUGCUAUUGGAGAUAUGCUUCAUGGGGAAUUGGAACUUACUCUAACUGUAAUUCAAGGGGAAACUAUUGGUUGAAAGACUAUUUGCUGAAGGAACUACUACAAUGGAUUCUUGUGAUGUUCCUACUACUAUCUUCACUCCUCUUAAGUAUUUAUGAGUAGGUUGCUCAGAGAAGAUGCUAGAGAGGAAUAUGGCGACUUCAUUCUAAUGCAACUUUGCAAAGUCUAUUCUUAAAGAGAGGAAUAGAUACAUAAAAAUUGAAGCAAACACUGCAAAUAAUGACAGAGUGAUUGGGUUCCAUAUUCUCUAUCCUACGCUGGAGAGGUAACACAAGGAAUUGCUAUUACUAUCAAAGUAGGAAUCAUAAAGCCUGAAUUAGGUAACCGUGUUAAAAUUCAUUCCACAAUUGCUGAAGAAGUGACUAGUCUAUAUAUUGAUAAAGCUGAUAAUCCAGAUCCAAUCAAAUCAGAUCGCUGAUCUUAAAGAGUCUGUGCACAUUAAGAGUUGCUAAAAUUUAGUCAAUUACUAAUAACUGCAUGGGAAAGAUAAAAUCGGUAAAGGAGACAAAUCAGUAAGCAAUGCUUCUAGCCAAUAUGUUUAGGUUCUUUAGAAGCAUUAGCUUUAAUGAAUCUCUCUUUCUUCAAAUUCAUAAGAAAGCCAGUUGAAAGGCUGAGGACUCUAUGAGUAGUAAGAUUAUCAUU